AUGAAGGGGACAGCCAAUGUCAACUCCACUGGCCGCAGCCACUACCAGUCUGCCAUCCCAGUGCCCCGUGCCAUGGCCCAUGGCAAACUGCACACCACAGCCCCCCUGAGCACCCCAGGGUCCCCUGUCCUCUACAGGGCUCCAUCCCCUCGGCCAGGGAAGGUGUCAGCCCCCAGUCCCAAGACUCUCAAGCCCAAAGCCACUGGAAAAGCUGCUGGCCAUGAGCCGGCCAAGGGCAGGGAGGGAAGCCCCAGUGUCCCAACUCAUGGGCCCCCACACAGCCGCCCCAUCACUGCCACUGUGGCACCCUUCCAGUACCGGCUGCAGGAGGACCAGGAGCAUGAGAGGGCCACAUCCCUGGGUGAUGAGUACUCUGGUCCUGAGAAGGGAUCUCACCCUGACCCCAAGCCAAGAGGCCUGAACCCCUGCGAUGGCUUCAUCCACCUCCCGCCCAGCGCCCAGCACCCACCACGUCCCUGCCUGCGAGGGGCUGCGGAGCGGAGCCAGCAGGCUGCGGUCGCGGGGGCCAUCGCCGGCUCCCCGCUCGCCAGCUUCAUGCCUGGCCCCAGAGGUCGUGUGUCAUCGCAGGGUCCCGCACGGUCCCGCACGGUUCCGCACGGAGAGCUGUCCCCGGGGUCCCGCUCGCUCCCUCCGCCCCCCGAGCUCCGCCGCACGCGCCCCCUCCCGGCCCCGCCCCGUGGCGCGCGCCCCCUCCCUGCCCUCCGCGGGCGCGCGCGCCGCGCCCCGCCCCUGCCCGCGCCAGAGGAGGGCGGGCCCUUUUUGUUCGCCCCUGACAUUCCGCUGGUUCGCUGUGUCCUGCCGGCGGCGGAGCGGCGAGCAACAGCAGCAGUGCCCGGCGGGUUAAAUGGUUGCAGCGCGGGGAUGCUGGGGAGUAACCUCAAGAGCCUUCCCGACGUGGAGCUGGGCGAGGAGGAGCGCGGCUUUCGGCGGGGCCCCGACGGCAGCACCGUGAUGCCGAAGCGGGCGAAGGCGGCGGCGGCGGCGGCCGCGGGGCCGCGGGGCGCGGAGCUGCGCGUCUUCAAGGCGAGCAGCGCGGAGGGGCGGCUGCCGGCGGGCUCCAACCUGCGCAAGCAGAAGUCGCUCACCAAUCUCGCCUUCCUCACCGACGCCGAGAAGAAGCGGCAGCUCUAUGAGCCUCGCUGGAGCGACGACAUGGCCAAGCCGGCAGCGCCGGGGACGGCGGCGGCGGGGAGCGGCGGGCGCGGCGGCCCCCGCGGGCGGGACGCGCCCGCCAUGUCGCGGAGCCUGUCCCGCUCCGAGCACUCGCUGCUGUCGCCGCGCCCCGCCGGCCCCGCAAAGCCGCCGGCCGCCGGGAAGCCCAGCCGCAUCCCCCGCGGGCCCUACGCCGAGGUGAAGCCCCUCAGCAAGGCCCCCGAGGCGGGCGGCGGCAAGUGCGACGACGAGCUGCUGGGCGGAAAGGGGCCGGCGGUGGCGGCGGGCACCGAGGAGAAGCCGUACCUGAAGGUGGACCCCGAGCUGGUGGUGACGGUGCUGGGCGAUCUGGAGCAGCUCCUCUUCAGCCAAAUGCUGGACCCGGAGUCCCAGAGGAAGAGGACAGUGCAGAAUGUACUGGACCUACGUCAGAACCUGGAGGAGACCAUGUCCAGCCUAAGGGGCUCUCAGGUGUCUCACAGCUCUCUUGAGAUGACCUGCUAUGACAGUGAUGAAGCCAACCCACGGAGCGUCUCCAGCCUCUCCAACCGCUCCUCUCCUUUGUCCUGGCGCUAUGGGCAGUCCAGCCCACGACUGCAGGCCGGGGACGCGCCAUCGGUUGGGGGGACCUGCCGCUCCGAGGGCACCCCGAGCUGGUACAUGCACGGGGAGCGAGCGCACUACUCGCACACCAUGCCCAUGCGCAGCCCCAGCAAGCUGAGCCACAUCUCCCGCCUGGAGCUGGUCGAGGCGCUGGACACCGAUGACGUGGAGCUGAAGUCGGGGUACAUGAGUGACAGUGAUCUGAUGGGGAAGACGCUGACGGAGGAUGAGGACAUCACCACGGGCUGGGAUGAGAGCAGCUCCAUCAGCAGCGGCCUCAGCGAUGCCUCCGACAACCUCAGCUCGGAGGAGUUCAAUGCCAGCUCCUCGCUCAACUCCCUGCCCUCCACCCCCACCGCCUCGCGCAGGAACUCGGCCAUAGCGCUGCGCACAGACUCGGAGAAGCGCUCACUGGCAGAGAGUGGACUGAGCUGGUACGGUGAGGGUGACGAGAAGGCACCCAAGAAGCUGGACUACGAUAGCAGCAGCCUCAAGAUGGAGCAUGGCUCCUCCAAGUGGCGGCGGGAGCCCUCGGAGGGCAGUGAGGAGGGGCCCAAGGGUGGUGAGCUGAAGAAACCUGUCAGCCUGGGCACCCCAGGCUCCCUCAAGAAGGGCAAGACUCCUCCAGUGGCUGUGACCUCCCCCAUCACCCACACAGCCCAGAGCACCCUCAAAGUGGCAGGCAAGCCAGAGACCAAAGUCACUGACAAGAGCAAGCUCUCAGUGAAAAACACGGGCCUGCAGCGCUCCUCCUCUGAUGCUGGCCGUGACCGCUCCACUGAUGCCAAGAAGCCGCCAUCAGGGCUUGCACGCCCCUCAUCCUCCAGCUCCUUUGGCUACAAGAAACCAGCUCCUGCCACUGGCACGGCCACUGUCAUGCAGGCUGGGGGCUCAGCCACGCUUGGCAAGAUCCAGAAGAGCUCUGGCAUUCCUGUUAAGCCAGUCAGUGGGAGGAAAACGAGCCUCGACGUCUCCAACGCACCUGAGCCUGGCUUCCUGGCACCAGGGGCUCGCUCCAACAUCCAGUACCGCAGCCUGCCCCGGCCGGCCAAGUCCAGCUCCAUGAGUGUGACUGGAGGCCGCAGUGCAGCUCGGCCGGUGAGCAGCAGCAUUGACCCCAGCAUGCUGAGCACCAAGCAGAGUGGCAUCUCGGUGUCGCGGCUCAAGGAGCCAUCCAAGGUUGGCACUGGCCGUGGCACACCAGCCCCUGUGAACCAGACAGACCGUGAGAAGGAGAAGGCCAAGGCCAAGGCAGUGGCACUUGACUCCGAGUGCAGCACCCUGAAGAGUGCCAGCUCACCUGAGACCACCCCAAAAGCUCAGACCAACCUCCCGCCAGCAGUCAAGGUGGCCGAGCUGCCCCCUACACCUCUCAGAGCAGCUGCCAAGACCUAUGUGAAGCCUCCCUUGCUGGCCAACUUGGACAAGGUCAACUCCAACAGCCUGGACUUGCCCUCCUCUAGCGAGCUGCACACUCCGCAUACUGCCAAGCUCCAGGACUUGCACCCUGCUGGCGGGCACCUCGCGCCCUGCUUCAGCCCCAGCCCUGCCCCCAUCCUCAACAUCAACUCAGCGAGCUUCUCCCAGGGCCUGGAGCUCAUGGGUGGCUUCAGUGUCCCCAAGGAGGGCAGGAUGUAUCCCAAGCUCUCCAGCCUUCACCGCAGCAUGGAAUCUCUACAGAUGCCCAUGAGCCUGCCCAGUGCCUUUUCAGGGGGCAGCACCACCACCCCUGCCCCUGCUGCUGCACCCCCUGCCAGCACAGAGGAGGAAGAGGAAGAAGAAGAGGCGGGAGAGCUGGGCUGGAGUGGGAGCCCCCGGCUCACACAUCUGGACAGUGCCAACCGCGACAGGAACACGCUGCCCAAGAAGGGGUUGAGGUACCAGCUCCACUCCCAGGAGGAGGCCAAGGAGCGGCGCCACUCACAUGCAGCCAGCGGGCUCCCCGAGUCGGAUGAGCAGCAGGAGCUGCCCUCGCCCCCCACCCUCCCUAUGGCGCUGGUCGGGAAGGGUCCGCUCACCAGCAUUGUGAGCCCCACUGCCACCACAACCCCACGGAUCACCCGCUCCAACAGCAUCCCCACCCACGACUCCACCUUCGAGCUGUACAGCACCUCCCAGAUGGGCAGCACCCUCUCCCUGGCCGACAAACCCAAGGGCAUGAUCCGCUCGGGCUCUUUCCGGGACCCUGUGGAUGAUGUUCACGGAUCAGUGCUGUCCCUGGCCUCCAGCGCGUCCUCCACCUACUCCUCUGCUGAGGAGAAGAUGCAGUCUGAGCAAAUCCGCAAGCUGCGCCGUGAGCUGGAGUCCUCGCAGGAGAAGGUGGCCACGCUGACAUCCCAGCUGUCUGCUAAUGCCAACCUGGUGGCAGCCUUUGAGCAGAGCCUAGUGAGCAUGACAUCCCGUCUGCGGCACCUGGCUGAGACUGCUGAGGAGAAGGACACGGAGCUGCUGGACCUGCGAGAGACCAUUGACUUCCUGAAGAAGAAGAACUCAGAGGCCCAGGCUGUGAUCCAGGGUGCUCUAAAUGGCACUGAUGUCACACCCAAAGAGCUACGCAUCAAGCGACAGAACUCCUCUGACAGCAUCUCCAGCCUCAACAGUAUCACCAGCCACUCCAGCAUUGGCAGCAGCAAGGACACUGACGCCAAGAAGAAGAAGAAGAAGAGCUGGGUGUACGAGCUACGCAGCUCCUUUAAUAAGGCCUUCAGCAUCAAGAAGGGCCCCAAAUCAGCCUCAUCCUACUCGGACAUUGAGGAGAUUGCCACACCAGACUCGUCAGCCCCCUCCUCCCCCAAGCUACAGCAUGGCUCCACAGAGACUGCCUCACCCUCCAUCAAGUCCUCCACAUCCUCCUCCGUGGGCAUCGACACAACUGAGUAUGCUCCUGCCAGAGACUCGUGUGAGACCUGGUCUCUCCCUUGGCCCAGGCUCUUCCAGGCCCAUAGCGAGGGUGAGCCUGAGAAGAAGGAGGUGUCAGAGCUGCGGUCAGAGCUGUGGGAGAAGGAGAUGAAGCUGACAGACAUCCGCCUGGAGGCCCUCAACUCAGCCCACCAGCUGGAGCAGCUGCGGGAGACAAUGCACAACAUGCAGUUGGAGGUGGAUCUCCUGAAGGCUGAGAAUGACCGUCUCAAGGUGGCCCCAGGGCCUUCAGCAGUGCCAGGUUCUGUUCCCAGCCAUAUCACGAGCACAUCGGCCUCCUCUUCACCAAGGCGCUCCUUGGGUCUCACCCUUGGCCACACCUUGAGCCCCAGCCUGGGGGAUGCAGACGUGUCCCCCAUGGAUGCUGUCAGUGCUGGCACCCAGAAGGACGAGCUGACACUUCGGAUUGUGGUGCGCAUGCCGCCCCAGCACAUCAUCAAGGGGGACCUCAAACAGCAGGAGUUUUUCUUGGGCUGGACCAAGGUGAGCGGGAAGGUAGACUGGAAGAUGCUGGAUGAGGCUGUCUGCCAGGUCUUCAAGGAUUAUAUCACCAAGAUGGAUCCUGCAUCCACACUGGGGCUCAGCACCGAGUCUGUCUACGGUUACAGCAUCAGCCACAUCAAGCGGGUGCUGGACACGGAGCCGCCAGAGCUGCCACUGUGCCGCCGGGGCCUGACCAGUGUUGUUGUGACACUCAAAGGCUUGAAAGAGAAGUGCGUGGACAGCCUGGUGUUCGAAACACUCAUCCCCAAGCCCAUGAUGCAGCACUACAUCAGCCUCCUGCUGAAGCACCGCCGCCUGAUCCUCUCAGGGCCCAGUGGCACUGGCAAGACCUACCUGACCAACCGCCUGGCUGAGUACCUGGUGGAGCGCUCGGGUCGGGAUGUCACUGAGGGCAUUGUCAGCACCUUCAACAUGCACCAGCAGUCCUGCAAGGAUCUACAGCUGUACCUGUCCAACCUGGCCAACCAGAUUGACCGGGAGACAGGCACGGCGGACGUGCCCCUGGUGAUCCUCCUGGACGACCUCAGUGAGGCAGGCUCCAUCAGUGAGCUUGUCAAUGGUGCGCUCACCUGCAAGUACCACAAAUGCCCAUAUAUCAUUGGCACUACCAACCAGCCUGUGAAGAUGACCCCAAAUCACGGCCUCCAUCUCAGCUUCAGGAUGCUGACCUUCUCCAACAAUGUGGAGCCAGCCAAUGGCUUUCUGGUGCGCUAUCUGCGGCGGAAGCUGCUGGAGUCAGACACAGACAUCAAUGCCAAUAAGGAGGAGCUGCUGCGGGUGCUGGACUGGGUGCCCAAGCUCUGGUACCAUUUGCACACAUUUCUGGAAAAGCACAGCACGUCUGACUUCCUCAUCGGUCCCUGCUUCUUUCUAUCCUGCCCUAUUGGAAUUGAGGAUUUCCGGACCUGGUUCAUUGACCUGUGGAACAACUCCAUUAUCCCAUACCUGCAGGAGGGGGCGAAAGAUGGGCUUAAGGUCCAUGGGCAGAAGGCGGCCUGGGAGGACCCCGUGGAGUGGGUGCGGGACACUCUGCCCUGGCCGUCAGCACAGCAGGACCAGUCCAAGCUCUACCACCUGCCCCCACCCACUAUCGGACCCCACAGUGCCGUGUCCCCCCCUGAGGAGCGCACGGUGAAGGACACCACACCCAGCUCCCUGGACUCAGACCCGCUGAUGGCCAUGCUGCUCAAGCUCCAGGAAGCUGCCAACUACAUUGAGUCUCCAGACCGUGAGACCAUGGUGGACCCUGACCUGCAGUCGACUCUGUGA